AGUCCCGGACGGCCGCCGCCAGCUGCGAGCGGGAGUGAGCGAGGGCUGGUCCGGGACGGCCGGGCGAGGAGUCCGCCGGCAGCAAGCGAGUAUCGUGGCGGCCAAAAAAAUGCUCCUGUACCGAGGGGCCCCCGCGGGCCCUGGCGCUCCUGGCGGCGGGCUGACUCGGCCGGGUAGCGGCCCGCAGGCCUUCGGGAUCCGCCUGAGCACGAUGAGCCCCCGCUACCUACAGAGCAACUCCAGCAGCCACACGCGACCCUUCAGUGCCAUCGCGGAGCUGCUAGAUAAUGCUGUAGAUCCAGAUGUAUCCGCCAGGACGGUGUUUAUAGAUGUUGAGGAGGUCAAGAAUAAAUCUUGUUUGACCUUUACUGAUGAUGGAUGUGGUAUGACACCUCAUAAACUACACCGAAUGCUGAGCUUUGGUUUUACAGAUAAAGUAAUAAAGAAGAGCCAGUGUCCCAUCGGGGUCUUUGGUAAUGGGUUCAAGUCUGGCUCGAUGCGGCUUGGAAAGGACGCUCUUGUCUUCACCAAGAAUGGGGGUACCCUGACUGUUGGACUCCUAUCACAGACCUACCUGGAAUGUGUCCAGGCCCAGGCAGUUAUUGUGCCAAUUGUUCCAUUCAACCAGCAAAACAAAAAAAUGAUUGUUACUGAGGAUUCCUUGCCCAGCCUAGAAGCCAUCUUGAAUUAUUCAAUCUUCAACAGUGAAAAUGACCUGUUGGCACAGUUUGAUGCCAUCCCAGGCAAAAAAGGCACUCGUGUUCUCAUUUGGAACAUCCGCAGAAAUAAAGAUGGAAAGUCUGAGUUGGACUUUGAUACGGAUCAGUAUGACAUCCUGGUAUCAGACUUUGAUACAGAAGAGAAAGAGACUGGUGAUGUUACCUCUGAGCUGCCAGAAACAGAGUAUUCUUUACGGGCGUUUUGUGGUAUUCUAUAUAUGAAGCCACGAAUGAAAAUUUUUCUGCGUCAAAAGAAGGUGACCACACAGAUGAUUGCCAAGAGCCUGGCCAAUGUAGGAUAUGAUCUAUAUAAGCCUACCUUCACAAAUAAGCAGGUGAGAAUCACUUUUGGGUUCUCCUGCAAGAAUAGCAACCAGUUUGGAGUAAUGAUGUAUCAUAACAACAGACUCAUAAAGUCCUUUGAGAAGGUGGGAUGCCAGGUGAAGCCAACUCGUGGAGAAGGUGUAGGAGUAAUUGGAGUCAUUGAGUGCAAUUUCCUAAAACCUGCCUACAACAAACAAGACUUUGAGUACACCAAGGAGUAUCGGUUGACAAUAAAUGCCCUUGCUCAGAAGCUCAAUGCAUAUUGGAAGGAAAAGACAUCUCAAGAGAAUUUUGAGACCUCAGUAAUAGCUAGGCCAAUACCGAAGAUUCCUGACCAGACAUGGGUACAGUGUGAUGAGUGUCUUAAAUGGAGGAAGCUUCCUGGCAAGGUGGAUCCAUCCACACUACCUGCAAGAUGGUUUUGUUAUUAUAAUACCCAUCCAAAAUACAGGAGAUGCUCUGUUCCAGAGGAACAAGAACUCAUUGACGAAGACCUGUACUUGAGCAAGGCUAAAAAGCAAGAUCAAACCAUCGAGAAGAAGAAGGUGCCUAUGGAGAAUGAAAGCCAGCAGGUAUUCACCGAUCCACCGAAGAUCCCUCCUAUUCAAGAUAUGACUGGCUUGAAUGACAAGACAACUGGAUGUGAAAUAAUUGACAGCCCUAGCCUACUUCCAUCUGUUGGAGAAGAAAGCAGAUCACCUUCUCUUCAGCUGAAGUCUCUGGAUUCCAGUGCUUUUCAGUUUUCCAGUAAGUACAAAUGGAUACUAGGCGAGGAGCCUGUGGAGAAACGAAGAAGACUCCAGAAUGAGACGACAACACCUCCUCUGGAUUAUUCCAUGUCUGGCUCUUACAGGCGGGUGGAGGCAGCUGUUGCCUACCCAGAAAGCGAGAACACCCAUGAUAAGUCCAGUUCUGAGAGAAGUACACCACCAUGCCUUUAUCCAGAAUACCCAGAAGCAAGCAAGAAUACAGGCCAGAGCAGGGAUGUUUCAAUUCUGUUUCCAGGAGCCCAAGACCAACGUCAGGGGUCCCUGCUUCCUGAAGAAUUAGAUCAGAUGCCAAGACUGGUAGCAGAAGAAUCUAACCGAGGCAGCACAAACAUAAACAAAGAAGAAGUGAACAAGGGACCUUUUGUAGCUGUUGUUGGUGUUGCCAAAGGAGUUAGAGAUUCGGGGGCUCCCAUUCAGUUGAUCCCCUUUAACAGAGAGGAACUUGCUGAGAGAAGAAAAGCAGCUGAGUCCUGGAACCCAGUGCCUUACUCUUCUUUGACCUCGGCUGCGAUUCCUGCUGCAGCCACCGGGGAGAAAGGAAGAGGCUAUGAGGAGAGUGGAGGUUGUCAAACGCCAAAGAUGAAGAACCAAAGAGAGCUGGAAGAGUUGAAGAGAACCACAGAAAAACUGGAACGUGUUUUGGCCGAAAGGAAUUUGUUCCAGCAAAAGGUGGAGGAGCUGGAACAGGAGAGAAACCACUGGCAUUCUGAAUUCAAGAAAGUUCAACAUGAGUUGGUGACCUACAGCACCCAGGAGUCAGAAGGCUUGUACUGGAGCAAGAAACACAUGGGUUAUCGUCAAGCUGAGUUCCAGAUUCUGAAAGCUGAACUGGAAAGAACCAAAGAGGAAAAACAAGAAUUAAAAGAGAAACUGAAGGAGACAGAGACACACCUGGAAGUGUUGCAGAAGGCUCAGGUCUCCUACCGGACCCCAGAGGGAGAUGACCUGGACAGGGCUUUGGCAAAGCUUACGCGGCUGCGUAUCCACGUCAGCUAUCUCCUUACUUCUGUCCUCCCUCACUUGGAGCUUCGUGAGAUCGGGUAUGACUCAGAACAAGUGGAUGGGAUCCUGUACACAGUGCUGGAGGCAAAUCACAUACUGGAUUGAGCACCAGACUCUCUCUCUCUCUCUCUCUCUCUCCUCUACUCAUUUCAGUCUGUAUACUCUAUAUACUCUUCUAUCUUCUCUACCCUUCCUUUCUUCUAUUCUCCUUUCCCUCUCUCCCCCAUGCCUCUGUCUUUCUCUCUCUAUCACUUGUAUGCCUUAUGUAGAGAAUCUUUGAGUAAAUCCUGACUCUUAAUCAACCUGCUUCUUACUCAGUUUUGGUGUGGAGAAAGAUGACAAUUAAGUAGGAUUUCAAGAGUCAAGGAACAGAAAAGCAAGUCACCAAGCUAGGUGACAUGAAAGAUUUACUAUUCAUGACCCAGAUACUCAGCCUAUUUAAUAUUCUUUCUGAAAUAGUUUGUAUUUUUUAGGUUAAAUCAGUUGGCAAAUACUGGGUCCAAUGUACCAGGUGUUUGGGGAUAAGCUGAGAAAUAGAAGUCAUGGUUUCAACCUGCAAGGAUCUAAUAAUCUAGUUGGAGACACCAGACAUAUACCAGGUUGCCUAACUCUACACAGAAAUAUUUGAUAUUUUCAAGUGAGAGGUACAAACCUGACAUAGAAGAGUUGGGUGGGGGGUGGGAUAGAGAUCUGAAGGAGGAAGUUCAAGGCAGGUAUCACACCAGAAAUGGGACCUAAACUAAUAUUUAAAGAAGGAGCAUGACCACACUGCUAAUGAACAGUGGUUCUUUAGGUUGUAGGACUAUGGUUGAUUUUUUUUUCUUCUUCCUAUCUUCCUGCCUUUUUCAAAUUUUCUAUAAUAAACUUGUUAUUCUUCCUGGAAAAAAAUAAAUUCUUUAAAAAAAAAGAGCAAGUAAGCUUGAAUUUGGAUUUCAAAUGAGAGACUGUGAAAUUAUGAUAUUAUAAUUUAUGUUAAAUUUAGCAUUACCUCUGGAAGAACAAUGUAAACGCACAAAAAUCAUGGGAUGUGAAACAAGUGUCUCUGUUAGAAGUGAUGGGUUGAAAAAAUGAUGGGUCAAUGUAACUUUUGAAAAUGCCCUUGAAUAUAUCAUCAAGUUGUGGACUUGUAGGUAGUGGGGGAAGUAUUUUCGAGCAGGGAGAUUUCCUGAUGCCCCUCAGAAUUACACCUGCCUGCUCUUCAGGCUAAGGUAGGAUGAGGGGUAGUCCUCAUAGUACCAGAAAUAAUAAAACUCACACUCUUUUGUAAAAGGAUGCAUUGUAUUAAUUAAUGGCUUUAUUGUAUUUAUAAAGCACACACUCUGAAAGAGUUCAAGGUACUCUUCAGAAGAUGUUGAACAAUGAACACAUAAAAUAAAUCGACAGUGAAAAAUAGCAUGUAGAGGAGAAACAAUCAGAGGAACUUGGGAUCAAACAGUGAAAAAAGAUUAGCUAAUCUAAAGGAAAUGUUUUGGAUUUUUAUUCUAUUUCGCCUGUGCAGAGUUACUUCAGAAGGCUCUUUCCAAGUGAUUUUGCCUCCUUUGAAAGGAGGCUCGUGGUAGAUAUUCCAGUGAGACUGCAGGGAACCAGCAGAGGCCAGCACCAGGCUUCAGCCCUAGAAUCAGUGUUUAAAGAUCUCCUCUGCCCUUUUGGAUUACCGAAGUCAAGGCCCCAGUUGUCUAAAUAUGACCGAAGGGAGAGCAGCACAUUCAGUCUUUCUUGCAGUGAUACUGUUCUUGACGUGGAGGCUGGAAAGGGAUGGGGCUUUGCACAGAUCUAGAUAAUAUGGGUAGGAGUCUGAUGGAUAAAGAAAAAACAGCACUGAAGGAUCAGGCGCUGUGUUUGCUGGGUGAGCAAGGGGACGAAGUAGGAAGGAAGGCUGUCGAUUGGGCUUUCAAAGGGAAAAAAUAGGUGAGAAAGUUCUAACUCAUCUUUUACUAGUGCUUUCUCUCAGCCCAUCCACUGGGCCGUGGUUCUGACUCCACACUGCUUAUCCAGCCACAGCUACCCCAUGAGUCCAUUCACUUCAAUAGCAGAGCAGCUUCUUUGUCGCUUACUUAUUAAGAAACUGUUCCAGCCUGGGGUCCCUUUAACUACUGAUUGAGUGUCACUGUGGAGAGGUUGGAAAGUGCUCUCCCAGCCUUUCCAGAGUUUAUGGUCUAGUGUGAAAGCAAAAGGCAUUGAAGGAAAACGUGGGUGCCUCCUCCUGGCUUUCCUGAUGGGUUAGCAUAUCUUUUCAAAUCUCUAAUGACUGGCCUUUAACUUUCCAUAUCCAUGGUCAGCAAAGGUCCUUAUUAUUUCAUGCCUUGAUAACUGAAACAGGUUCACUGGCCUUGUUUGCUUCCUCUUCCCGUUCCUCAGCCUGUCCUACACAAUAUUAUUAAAUUGCUUUUAGAAACUUCAUCAGCUCAUGCCUCUGCUAGUGUUCCCAACUGCCUGCGGAAUGCCAUACACGUUAAUUAGUAUGCUGCUGAAAGCCCUGUGAAGUCUGGCCUCUACCUUUUCUUUAGACUCACCUUGCAAUAUUGCACACACAAACCACGUUUCAUCCCAAGUGAACUGCUCUUCAGUUUCUGAACAUGCCUUAAGAUUGCCUCCUUUCCCAUUUGGCUAUUCCAUCCCCUUUGCCUGGAGUGUUCUCCCUCAUCAUCUUUCCCUUGGCACAAAUGCCAACUUUUUUUUGUCCUGCAAAUUCUUUGAAUUAACCCAGUUAGGCAUGGCAUUUCUCUUGGAACAUUUCAGUUUUAUGUCAUUUGUGAGGGUCUCAUCACAAACUUCCUUAUCCUGUCUUCCCUAUUAGAAAGCUUCAGAUUCAAAUAUUUGACUGCCUACUUGACAUUUACACUCACAUAUAUUUCAAAUAAAACAUGUUAAAAAUAAACAGUGACAUACCCCAGGACUGUUUCUCCCUGCCAGUUUUCCUCUUCUUAGAAAAUGGCACCUCCACCCACCCAGUUGCUUAAGCGAGAACCCUGGAAGUCAUCCUCCCGUCCCCCACAUGCAGUCUGUCAACAAGUCCGUCAGUUCUUGCUCCAAAGUAUAUCUUCACUCUACUCACUUUUACCGCAGCCACCUUAGUCCAAACUGCAGUCCUCUCCCAUGGAUGGUCACAGCUGCUGACUAGAGUCCAUGUUUCCACUCCAGUUCCCACAAUUGUCUCAUCACUAGGGACAGAGGGCCUGUUUUUAGAUAUAAACCAAGCCAUGCAGUGCCUCUGCCUAAAAUCAUUAAAUGACUUCUUAUUGUUCUUGGAACGAAAUCCAAACUCCGUAGAAUGUCCUACAAAACCCCUGUCUACGUCUACAUUGUCUCAUGCAACCCUUCAUGAUCUGCCACUGUUUGGCUCACUGUAAUCUUCCCAUAGACACAUGGCACGUUCUUUACCUCAGAGCCUUUACCCACAGUGCUCCCCCUCUUGCAAUGCUCCUGUCUCCUGACUUGGUGUGGCUGGCUAGUCCUCAUCCUUCAGCUGUUGGUAUAAGUGCCACUUCCUCAGGCCUGUCUGGGCAGCCAUUUUUUUCUCUGCCUACCCUAUUACUCUAUCACUGUUUUCUGGGUCAUUUUUGAAAAUUCAUGGCGCUUCUCCCAAUUUAACAUAUGUGGUCAUUUACUUUCACUCGUGCGAGACAUGUUCAUCGGAUACCUACUGUGUACUGUGUGAUAUAUAAUACUGAACAUAAUAUACAUGGUCCCUGUUUGCCUCCCUCAAUAAAUUCCAUAAAGAAAAAAGCCAUGGCUUUUUUUUAUUUUGCCAACCACUGUAUCCUAGAGCUUAUUGUGGUAACUGGGAUAUAAUAAUAAAUGAUUG